AUGAAGAAGUGCAGGCGCCAGCCAGGGAGAAGCACCAGGGCGGUCCCUGCGGGGGACACGGCCGCUGCCCCCGCGAACGCGGCGCGAGCGGGGAGUGACCGCAGCUCCCGCGUGUCCCGCGCUCUGUGCCGGGGCCACUCGCGCCGCCCCGGCCCGGCCCGCCGAAUCCCCACGGGUGGGGUGCGCCCGCGGCCACCCGUGCGGCCCCGCGCCCCACCGCCGCCGGCCCCGAGACCCCCCCGCGGGCUGCAGCAUCCGGGCCGGCCCCGCCACAUCCUGCCGCCGGAAGAAGCCGCGGCCCCGGGACAGCCCCCGCCGGGACGUCACGCGGAGGCCCCGCCACGCGUGACGCCACCCGCGCUCCGUGACGUCACGCGGGCGGGCGGUGCCGCUCCCGCGAGGAGGGGGAUUCCCCCCCUCCCCGGUGUGACCCCCCCCCCCCCAUCCGUCCCCGGUGCGGGGCGGGGGGGGCCGCUCCGGUGGGCGCCGUCCCCGCGUCCUGCGCCGCCGCCGGAGUUCCCCCCCCCCCCACCCCCGCCACGUCCCCGGCGGGGGGGGACACACGGACACACCGGGGGGGCUCGGCUCUGCCGCAGCGCCGGGGUGACCUUGCGCGGGGGUGUCCGUCGUGUCACCCCGCCUCACGGGGGGCGGGACUCUCGCUGUCCCUCCGGUGUCCCCCCCCCGCCGUGCCCCCCGGUGCCCCCCGCGGCGGGGAGGGGCCGCCCCGGCCCCCGCCCAGCUCCCGCCCGCAGCCGGGGCCGGGCCGGUCGGUGCGGGGCGCCCAUAAAUCACGGCGGGCAGAGCCCCCGCCCCGCCGCCGCCCUCCGCCGCCGCCGCCGCCCGGGGGACCGGGGAGGGGGGGGCCGAGCCCCGCCGCCACCCGCCCCCCAGCCCCUGCAGAUGUGGCGGAGCGGCCCGGCGGCCCGGCUGCGGGGGGGCCCGCUCCGCCAGGCUGCGCUGCCCGCCCGCCGCCGGCCCUGA